GCCGGAGGUCCCAUUCACAUAAAACCGAUCGGCCGGAAUCCCCUUGGAGGAAAUGUAGACACAGACGCGACCGGGGCUCGUUACUCGCCCGCUUUCAAACACGACCGACUUUUUUGAGGCAAUAAUAAGAACAAUAAGUGUUCGGGAUGAAGGUCUCCAGCAUCGACUGCCGGCGUCUUAAGAAGAUCAUCAGGAAGGAGUGCGGCAGCUGCCUUAUAGUGGACUGUCGGCCCUAUUUCUCUUUCACCAACUCCAGCAUUAAAGGCUCCGUCAACGUCAAUCUGAACUCUCUGGUGGUCCGGAGGUCCCGAGGAGGACCGGUUCCUCUGCAGUUUGUCAUUCCGGACGAGAGAGCUUUGUUUCGGCUCAGGGAAGGCAGCAUAUCGGCCAUCGUGGCUCUGGAUGACCGGACGUCCCACCUGCAGAAACUGAAAAAGGACAGUGUAGCACAGAUAGUAAUAAACACCCUGUCGCAUCUAGCGAGUGGGGCCAGCAUCUGCUUCCUAAAAGGAGGAUAUGAAAACUUCCACUCUCAAUACCCAGAACUUUGCAAUGAGGUGAAAACCAUUGACCAGAGCGGAACUGAAACCGAGAAAAGAGUCAACAGCCACAGCGAGAAGCUUUCUCACCACAAACCAGAUUAUGAUCAGGGCAAACCUGUGGAGAUCCUGCCUUUCCUCUACCUUGGCAGUGCCUACCACGCUUCUAGACAGGACUAUCUCAGUGACCUUCACAUCACGGCCUUGCUCAACGUGUCGCGCCGGGAUCUCCAUCCGACCAAGGGUCACUACGACUACAAGUGGAUCCCGGUUGAGGAUAGCCCCAUGGCCGAUAUAAGCUCACACUUCCAGGAGGCUAUCGAGUUUAUAGAUCAAGUGAAGCAAUCUGGAGGGAAGGUUCUGGUACACUGCGAAGCAGGCAUCUCACGCUCGCCUACCAUCUGCAUGGCGUACAUCAUGAGGACCCAGAAACUCCAGAUAGACGAAGCCUUCGAGAUCAUCAAGCAGCGCCGGUCUGUCAUUUCACCAAACUUCAGCUUUAUGGGCCAGCUGCUGCAGUUUGAGUCUGAGGUCCUGUCCAACGCCCCGGCUCUCGCUACCACGCCCGAGCCAGCUACUCCUUGUGUCAAGGGGUCGGCCUCGUUUUUUGCCAAUGACUUCUCCGCCGUUAUCAGCACCAAAAACUUUGAGCCACCCAUGUUCACCCUUCCUACCUCUUGCCUGCAGUCCCCAGUACACCACCCGUUGAAACUGAGCCCAAUAACUGCACUGCCUUAAAAAAUGAACUGUGACUGCUUGGUAGUAUUACUUGAAACGUUAAGAAUCAACGCUCUCUGUGUGCCUGGUGUUGAAACUAGCAGAGCAGGUAGAGACUGAGAUCAGCAAGAGAUGAAAUGAAGAACUGGAUUUAAUUGAAGGGUUUUCCUAUCGUCUUAGCUGCUGGGAUGAAACAACACAGCACAUUGAUAAACUGCAAUAUACAAGCCUUAGGUUAAUAUUGUGAUUCAUUUGCCUAUUCACAAUUAAGGUUAGGCAUUUAAACCUAAUUUAUUUAAAAACUAUGGUCUGUUUUUUCAAUAAUGUGGGAAAUGAAAUGUGUUUAAUAAAUGUUUUCACUACUGAAA